AAGAAGUUUGAGAGAAAGUAUUUUCUUUUGGAAACUUUCAUCUUAAUUUAUUGCAUCUAAUCGUUUAAAAACUAAUUUCAAUUUAAUCGCGACAAGUUAAAAAAAGGCAUCCGCCAGACAGAACCCUUACCCGUUAAACCACCUUGCUUAAUGCACCUGUAGUAUACUAUAUAUAAUCUUUUAAUAAACAAACUAAUGGACAAUAUUAGCCGAAAUCGGAAUCACCCAGAUCAUAAACUCGAGCAACAGAUUCUCAAAACAGACCUAUGUCAUACAGUUAUACGAGACAUUCAGGAACUUGUCACCACUUACGCCUCUGAAUUCGAUUUAGAUUUCCUCGACACCGCAAAAGACAAAUCGAACCCACAAGACACAGUACCCUUUUUGGAAGCCAUUUCACAAUUAUAUCAUAAAACGAAACUAUUAUUCAAGAAAGCCAAAGUCGACUUUGACAAUCACUGGAACUGGAUAGUACCAUGGCGGCAAGCUAUCAAUUUUGAAAGCUUAUCAGAACUUGCCAACGACGAUGUCAAAACUUUAAUCACCUCUUUUCACCCGAAAGCACAUUCUACGUUAAUCUGUAUUUUUGACCAUGGGCUGGAAGGCCAUAUGCGGUGGUAUCCUUGGCGUUGGUUUUCCGAUCUUGUGUUUCUAGGCGCUGGAGGUUUUUCUGCGUUGUAUGCUGCUGAAGUGGCUUUACCUUAUGACGUACCAGAAAAGGGUAAAGCAUUUGGUACACAGCGCAGAGCAGUGGCAUUAAAAGUAGUCGAUGAAAAAGUAUUAAAUGAGUUGAACGUGCAAUCAAACGCACUUGUCGCGUUACUAUUCCACGGAAUGACAUAUUGUGAAAGUACAGGCGAUUUCAUGAUGGUGCUAUCAUUAGCAGCAGAAGGGAAUCUGAAUAGACAAAUUGAAAACGCCAGUAAAACUAGCUUUGCAAAAGUAGCGGAUAUUGUUACAAGACUUUCGUUCAAUUUGGCGUGUCUCCAUAAUGAUAUCGGUAUGUGUCAUAGAAAUAUACAUGCAGAAAAUAUACUAUGCGUCGACGAGGAUUACUUUUUGGUGGACUUCAGGUUCUCAACAUCAACUCAAGAGGCAACGGAAAUAACAAAGUCAUCACAAGUGCAUUAUGGACGCGUACCUUAUAUAGCACCAGAAGUGAAGAAAGGAAUUUAUACGGAGAAAUCCGAUGUUUAUAGCUUUGGUAUUUUAAUGUGGCAGCUAGUAUCAGGCGUUAUUUUCCCGACGCCUGAAAUAAUAGAGUCAGCACCUGACCUUUACAGAAUUGAAUGGGUACCUGGCGUAUCCAGAUGGUAUCAAGAAGUGACAAUGGCAUGCUUAGAGCCGUACCCCGAAAAUAGACCCACAGCAGAAGAGAUUCACCUUAUUGCCAGUAAAAUAGCAGCCUCUACAAGUAAAACAGCAUUAGCUGACGAGGGUUGGAGAGCAUAUGUUAGAAGUAGACGUCAAAAAUGUGAAUCUCACAUGCAACAUUUUGUGUCAGAGGAUUUGUCAACUGCUUCUCGUCUAUAUACCCUGAAUGACAUUACGAACAUUGGUGAACUUUUACUGAAAAACGUACCUUUUCAUUAUCGUCAUUUUGAUGCCGAAAGUAUUGCCUUCAAUAUCGAAUCAAAUAAAUAACGAGGGUCAUUUUUAUCAUGACAGCACAAUCGUAGAGAAAAAAACCUGGAAAAAGAAGACAGAAAAACAGAAAAAAAACAAAAAAAAAGGGUAGUUUUUAUAAGGAAAGAAGAUGGAAGCACACAUAUAAUAAAAAUUACUUUUGACAGAAAAAAACAAAAGAAAAACAUAUACAUUCAUCUACGUAAACAGAUUUACAACAAUAUACGACGUCAACAAAGAACUCGAACAUUUACAUAUAGUUUAACAAAUGCCUGCUCCACAACCCACCACUCCUUAUUAUACAUAUAUAGACCCAGAUGAUCAUUCUUGUUUAUACAUACUAUUAAACGCACUUUUCCUUGUACUUUUAAACUGACACUUAGCCUGUCCAAUUGCUCUGCUUGUGACAAGAAUGUAUUUGCUACGACUUUAUGUUCUGCCCCUAUCGAAAGCUUAUGUAAUAAAAAUCAGGAAUAAUGCAAAAAAGGGUAAUGGGAGAGGUUGUGCAAC